UGUGUCGGCUUUUUGUGACCUAUAUUUCGCCGUAAGUUGGUCGCACACGCGUUAACAGUGACCGCCGUCGUUCGUCGAUGACCCAGCCUCUGCUCAUUUCCGAAAGCUUACGGAGAUUCACCGAGCAGCGACCCAGCCCCUCCCGUCCCCCCCUCUCGUCACCGCUCCAGCGACUCUCCCCUCGGCUCCACUCCGAGGAGGAACCCGGUGCCCCCGGCUGAUCGUUUCCAAUUACGUUACCCCAAGAUGGAGGUCUGCAGAUGGCACUGCUAGCGUCAACGACUCCCCGCAACCGUCCGUGUGGCUUUAAUGACGAUUUUGUCAGGACAGGAGUGAUUGUGUGCCAUCUUUUUGUCGAUAUUUUGGGGGACUCUACUUGGGAGAUACCGAGCUCCAGAUUCGGGUUGUGGCAGCCAUGAGCUCCGGGGAAGGAGCGGAGGAGACCACGAAGGACGCCAGCGACAUAGAGGCGUUCUUCAAAACCGAUGGAUCCCUCCCUAAAGAGCCAAAAGGAGAUGUAUCGAGCCAGAUAGCAGGUUUCAGGAGAAAUGAGGAGAUGAGAGCGAUGGAGGUGCUUCCCAUCCUCAAAGAGAAGGUUGCCUUUUUGUCAGGUGGCAGAGACAGACGUGGUGGUCCUGUGUUAACGUUCCCAUCACGCAGCAACCACGACAGGAUACGAACAGACGACCUGAGGAGACUGAUCGCUUACCUCGCCGGCAUCCCCAGCGAGGAGGUGUGUAAACAUGGCUUCACGGUCAUUGUUGACAUGCGUGGCUCCAAGUGGGACAGCAUCAAGCCUCUGCUGAAGAUCCUGCAGGAGUCGUUCCCGUCCUGCAUCCACGUCGCGCUCAUCAUCAAACCGGACAACUUCUGGCAGAAGCAGAGGACCAACUUCGGCAGCUCCAAGUUUGAAUUCGAGACCACCAUGGUGUCACUCGAAGGCUUGACGAAAGUGGUGGACCCCUCUCAGCUGACAGCAGACUUUGACGGCAGCCUGGACUACAACCACGAAGAGUGGAUAGAGGUGCGUGUAGCAUUUGAGGAUUUCUCUGGCCAUGCUACCCAGAUGCUGGCUCGACUAGAAGAGAUGCAGGAAACCGUGUCAAGGAAAGACUUUCCCCAAGACCUGGAAGGAGCCAGACGGAUGAUAGAAGAGCACGCCACACUGAAGAAGAAAGUCAUUAAAGCUCCUAUAGAGGAACUGGACACUGAAGGGCAAAGAUUGCUCCAGCGCAUUCAGAGCAGCGAGUCUUUCUCCAAUCGCAAUGGCAGCAGCGGCGGCAGCAGCAGUAGCGGCAGCGGAGUGUGCAACGCGGACACCCAAGGCCUGGUGCCGCGCAUCACCCAGCUGCUGGACAAGCUGCACUCCACCCGGCAGCACCUCCACCAGGCGUGGCACGUCCGCAAGCUCCAACUGGAUCAGUGUUUCCAGCUGCGCCUGUUCGAGCAGGAUGCAGAGAAGAUGUUCGACUGGAUCAUGCACAACAAGGGUUUGUUCCUGGCAGGCUACACAGAGAUCGGCAACAACCACCCCCAUGCUGUGGAGCUGCAAACCCAGCACAGCCACUUCGCCAUGAACUGCAUGAAUGUGUACGUCAACAUCAACCGGAUCAUGUCCGUGGGGAACCGGCUGCUGGAGUCGGGUCACUACGCUUCCCAGCAGAUCAAGCAGAUCUCAAGUCAGUUGGAGCAGGAGUGGAAGGCGUUCGCCGCCGCAUUGGAUGAACGUAGCACGCUGUUAGAGAUGUCAGCCGGUUUCCAUCAGAAAUGUGACCAGUACAUGAGUAAUGUGGACUCCUGGUGUAAGGCAUGUGGCGAGGUGGACUUGCCUUCAGAGUUACAAGACCUCGAAGAUGCCAUCCACCAUCACCAAGGCCUGUACGAGCACAUCACAGCUGCUUACUCGGAGGUGAGUCAAGAUGGCAAAGCUCUGCUGGACAAGCUGCAGCGGCCUUUGACCCCAGGCAGUGCCGAUUCACUGACGGCAACGGCAAACUACUCUAAGGCGGUGCACCACGUCCUGGACAUCAUCCACGAGGUGCUGCAUCACCAGAGACAGCUGGAAAACAUCUGGCAGCACCGUAAAGUGCGUCUGCACCAGCGCCUGCAGCUCUGCGUGUUUCAGCAGGACGUCCAGCAGGUUUUGGACUGGAUAGAAAACCAUGGCGAGGCCUUCCUCAGCAAACACACAGGGGUGGGAAAGUCUCUCCACCGAGCCAGAGCUCUCCAGAAACGCCAUGAAGACUUUGAGGAAGUGGCACAGAAUACGUACACCAAUGCAGACAAGCUGCUGGAGGCGGCCGAGCAGCUGGCCCAGACAGGAGAGUGCGACCCAGAGGAGAUCUACCAGGCCGCCCACCAGCUCGAAGACAGGAUCCAAGACUUUGUUCGCCGCGUGGAGCAGCGCAAAGUCCUGCUGGACAUGUCUGUCGCCUUCCACACGCACGUCAAAGAGUUGUGGACAUGGCUGGAGGAGCUCCAGAAGGAGCUGCUGGACGACGUUUAUGCCGAGUCUGUGGAGGCCGUCCAGGAUCUGAUCAAGCGCUUCGGCCAGCAGCAGCAGACCACGCUGCAGGUCACCGUCAACGUCAUCAAGGAGGGAGAGGACCUCAUCCAGCAGCUCAGGGACUCCGCCAUCUCCAGCAACAAGACGCCCCACAACAGCUCCAUCAACCACAUCGAGAGCGUCCUCCAGCAGCUGGAUGAAGCCCAGGCACAGAUGGAGGAGCUCUUCCAGGAGAGGAAGAUCAAACUGGAGCUCUUCCUGCAGCUCCGCAUCUUUGAGAGGGAUGCCAUUGAUAUCAUCUCUGACCUGGAGUCAUGGAACGAGGAGCUGACAGGUCAGAUGAAUGACUUUGACACGGAGGACCUGACGCUGGCCGAGCAGAGGCUCCAGCACCACGCUGACAAGGCCUUGACCAUGAACAACCUCACCUUCGAUGUGAUCCACCAGGGCCAGGAGCUGCUGCAGUAUGUCAACGAAGUCCAGGCCUCCGGUGUGGAGCUGCUGUGCGAUCGGGAUGUGGACAUGGCCACACGGGUUCAGGACUUGCUGGAGUUUCUUCAUGAAAAGCAGCAAGAGCUCGAUUUAGCAGCUGAGCAGCACCGCAGACACCUGGAGCAGUGUGUCCAGCUGAGACACCUGCAGGCAGAAGUCAAGCAGGUUCUGGGUUGGAUUCGUAAUGGCGAGUCGAUGCUAAACGCUGGUCUGAUAACAGCCAGCUCCCUGCAGGAAGCUGAGCAGCUGCAGAGGGAACACGAACAAUUUCAGCAUGCUAUUGAGAAAACACACCAGAGUGCCCUGCAGGUUCAGCAGAAAGCCGAGGCUCUGCUUCAGGCCAACCACUACGACAUGGACCUGAUCAGAGACUGUGCCGAGAGCGUGGCUUCACACUGGCAACAGCUCAUGCUGAAGAUGGAGGACCGACUCAAGCUUGUCAAUGCCUCUGUCGCCUUCUACAAGACCUCUGAACAGGUGUGCAGCGUGUUGGAGAGCUUGGAGCAAGAGUACAAGAGAGAGGAGGACUGGUGUGGAGGAGCUGACAAACUGGGACCCAACUGUGAAACAGACCACGUCACCCCCAUGAUCAGCAAGCACCUGGAGCAGAAGGAGGCCUUCCUAAAAGCGUGCACGCUGGCAAGGAGAAAUGCGGAUGUCUUCCUCAAGUACAUGCACAGGAACAGUGUUAACAUGCCCGGGAUGCUGAGCCACGUCAAAGCACCAGAACAGCAGGUCAAAAACAUCCUUAAUGAGCUACUGCAAAGAGAGAACCGCGUUCUCCACUUCUGGACGAUGAAGAAACGCAGGCUGGAUCAAUGCCAGCAGUACGUGGUGUUUGAACGGAGUGCCAAACAGGCUCUGGAGUGGAUUCACGACACCGGGGAGUUUUACCUGUCCACACACACAUCCACAGGCUCGAGUAUCCAUCACACGCAGGAGCUGCUGAAGGAACAUGAGGAAUUCCACAUCACAGCCAAGCAAACUAAGGAGCGCGUUAAGCUGCUGAUCCAGCUGGCCGAUGGUUUCUGCGAGAAAGGCCACAGUCAUGCAGGGGAGAUCAAAAAAUGGGUGACAGCUGUGGACAAGCGCUAUCGAGACUUUUCGCUGCGCAUGGACAAGUACCGCUGCAGUCUUGAGAAAGCUCUGGGCAUCUCCUCCGACUCCAACAAGGCGAGCAAGGAUCUCCAGUUGGACAUCAUCCCAGCCACGGCUCCAGGGUCAGAGGUCAAGCUGAGGGAUGCUGCCGCCCAUGAGCUGAAUGAGGAGAAACGCAAAUCUGCACGCAGAAAGGAGUUCAUCAUGGCAGAGCUGAUUCAGACAGAGAAAGCCUACGUGCGAGACCUGCGGGAGUGCAUGGAUACCUACCUGUGGGAGAUGACCAGUGGAGUGGAGGAGAUUCCUCCAGGGAUCCUCAACAAGGAGCACAUCAUCUUUGGAAACAUGCAAGACCUUUAUGAAUUCCACCAUAACAUCUUCCUCAAAGAGUUGGAGAAAUAUGAGCAGCUACCAGAGGAUGUUGGGCAUUGCUUCGUCACAUGGGCUGAUAAGUUCCAGAUGUAUGUGAACUACUGUAAGAACAAGCCGGACUCCACCCAGCUCAUACUGGAGCAUGCUGGCAACUACUUUGAUGAAAUUCAACAGAGGCACCGACUGGCCAACUCCAUCUCAUCCUAUCUGAUCAAGCCAGUGCAGAGAAUCACCAAGUAUCAGCUCCUGCUGAAGGAGUUGUUGACGUGCUGCGAAGAAGGUAAAGGAGAGAUCAAGGACGGCCUGGAGGUGAUGCUCAGUGUUCCCAAGAAAGCCAACGAUGCCAUGCACCUCUCAAUGCUGGAAGGUUUUGAUGAAAACAUCGAGUCGCAGGGUGAGCUCAUUCUCCAGGAUUCAUUCCAGGUCUGGGAUCCAAAGACUCUGAUCCGAAAGGGACGAGAGCGCCACCUCUUCCUCUUUGAGAUGUCUCUUGUUUUCAGCAAGGAGGUCAAAGACUCAAAUGGCCGGAGCAAAUACAUCUAUAAGAGCAAACUCUUUACAUCAGAGUUAGGGGUGACUGAACACGUUGAAGGAGACCCCUGUAAGUUUGCUCUAUGGGUGGGACGCACCCCGACCUCUGACAACAAGAUUGUACUCAAGCUAAGUCAGGGAUCCAAACAUGGAGCCAUGGCAUCCAGCAUUGAGAACAAGCAAGACUGGAUCAAACACAUCAGAGAGGUGAUCCAAGAGCGCACCAUUCACCUGAGAGGAGCACUUAAAGAACCCAUUCAUAUUCCCAAAACAGCCACCACCAAGCACCACAAGGGACGAAGGGAUGGAGAGGACCUGGACAGUCAGGGUGAAGGCAGCAGCCAACCAGACACAAUCUCUCUGGCAUCACGCACCUCUCAGAACACACUGGACAGCGACAAGCUCUCCGGCGGCUGUGAGCUGACUGUGGUCAUACACGACUUUAUGGCCAGCAACAGCAACGAGCUGACGGUGCGGCGGGGUCAGACUGUGGAGGUCCUGGAGCGCUGUCACGACAAACCAGACUGGUGCCUGGUCAGGACCACAGACCGCUCUCCUGCCCAGGAGGGCCUGGUGCCCUGCUCUAUGCUCUGCAUCGCCCAUUCCAGGUCCUCCAUGGAGAUGGAAGGCAUCUUCAAUCACAAAGCUCUGUAUUUCACAGACACACUGUCAGUGUGCAGCAAUGACUCCAUCAUGCCAGGUUCCUCUGCUACGCUGCAGCCUGGUCACGGCAUCGGCUCCCACACCUCCCCGGGGCCUAAACGACCAGGUAACACGCUACGGAAGUGGCUGACCAGCCCGGUGCGACGGCUAAGCAGCGGUAAGGCAGAUGGCCACGUGAAGAAGCUGGCCCACAAGCACAAGAAGAGCCGUGAGGUGAGGAAGAGCGGAGAGAUGACGAUAGGCUCUCAGAAAGACUCGGACGACAGUGCUGCUACGCCUCAGGAUGAAACUUUGGAGGAGAGGGUUCGUAACGAGGGCCUAUCGAGCGGUACGCUGUCCAAGUCCAGUUCUUCGGGAAUGCAGAGCUGCGGAGAGGAGGAGGGCGAGGAGGGUGCAGACUCAGUACCUCUGCCUCCACCUAUGGCCAUCCAGCAGCAUAGCUUGCUGCAGCCAGACUCACAGGAUGACAAGACCUCUUCUCGUCUGUCGGUCCGCCCGUCCAGUUCAGAAACGCCCAGUGCCGCUGAGCUGGUGAGCGCCAUCGAGGAGCUAGUCAAAAGCAAGAUGGCUCUGGAGGACAGACCCAGCUCUCUGUCUGUAGAACAAGGAGACAGCAGCUCUCCCUCUUUCAACCCCUCUGACAACUCCCUCCUCUCCUCUUCCUCCCCCAUUGAAGAAAUGGACGAACGCAGGGCCAGCAUCCUCAAAAAAAGACAUUUCAUUCUGCUGGAGUUGGUGGAGACGGAGAGAGAUUACGUCAGAGACCUCGGCCUGGUGGUGGAGGGCUACAUGAGCAGAAUGAAGGAGGAGGGUGUCCCUGAUGAUAUGAAGGGAAAAGACAAAAUUGUGUUUGGCAACAUCCAUCAGAUCUACGACUGGCACAAAGAUUUCUUCCUCAGGGAGUUGGAGAAGUGUUUGGAGGACCCUGACAGACUGGGACCACUCUUUCUCAAACAGGAACGGAGACUAAACAUGUACGUAGUGUACUGUCAGAACAAGCCCAAGUCAGAGCACAUCGUGUCCGAGUAUAUCGACACCUACUUUGAGGACCUGAAGCAGCGGCUGGGACACAGACUGCAGAUCACAGACCUGCUCAUCAAGCCAGUCCAGAGGAUCAUGAAGUACCAGCUGCUGCUCAAGGAUUUCCUGAAACACUCUAAAAAGGCUGGGCUCGAGUCUCCGGAUUUGGAAAAAGCAGUGGAGGUCAUGUGCAUUGUUCCAAAAAGGUGUAACGAUAUGAUGAAUGUCGGCCGGCUUCAAGGGUUUGAUGGGAAGAUUGUGGCUCAGGGCCGCCUUUUGCUGCAGGACACAUUCAUGGUGUCCGACCCCGACGGCGGUCUGCUCGGCCGGAUGAAGGAGAGGAGGGUUUUCCUGUUUGAGCAGCUUGUCAUCUUCAGUGAGCCCCUGGACAAAAAGAAAGGGUUCUCUCUGCCAGGCUUCCUCUAUAAGAACAGCAUCAAGAUAAGCUGUUUGGGUUUAGAGGAGAAUGUGGAAGGUGAUCCCUGCAAGUUCAUUCUCACUUCUCGGUCAGCCAACGGCGCCGUGGAGUCCUUCGUGCUUCACUCCUCCCAUCCAGGGGUGCGCGAGGUCUGGACCCUUCAGAUCAGCCAAAUACUCGAGAGCCAACGCAACUUCCUCAAUGCUCUGACCUCACCAAUAGAGUAUCAGAGGAACCAUGUAGGGGCAAACAGUCCGCCCAGCAUCGGAGCUCCAGGUGGGGGCAACAGCGGUUCUAGUGCAGCCCCCGGAGGUGGAGGUGGAAGCUCCCAGAGUAGCUCCAUCCCUUCGGGACCCCAGGGUGGCUCUCGUCGGCCGUCCAGGAUCCCGCAACCCUCCCGCCUGCCCCAACCCCUACGUCACCACCCCGGGGCCGACCCGGAUGGCUCCAAUAAGAUGUCAGGUUUGUCCCCUCGUCCUGUCCCUCCUCCUCUACUCCCUGUGGGGGGCAGCCCGCAGGGCAAGCGCCCUAUCCACACCACAGAGGACCAAGCUUAUACCCCCAUCCCACGUGCUACCGUUGGGCCUCUGCCCUCCACACCCACUUCUAAACCACGGCCAGGAGCCGUGUCUCCCAUGGCCUCCCCCAUGGCCACUCCCGCCUUUGGCAAGGACACUCUCCCCCCUCCCCCUCCCAGCCCAGGCCAAAACCAAAAGUCUGGAUCUGGAUUCUGGAGCUCAAUGCCGGGCUCUCCAGCCAGCCGGCCUGGCUCAUUUACCUUUCCGGGUGAGGCGGGAGAGACUCCGGUGCGACAAAGCUCAAAUCAGAGCCAAACCCACAGACACUCCACGCACAGCAAGGAGGCCGACCGCAUGAGUACGUGCUCAUCGGCCAGCGAGCAGUCCAUCCAGUCCACCCAGAGUAACGGGAGUGAAAGUAGCAGCAGCAGUAGCGUAUCCACCAUGUUGGUGACCCAGGACUACACAGCUGUGAAGGAGGAUGAGAUCAGCGUCAUUCAGGGCGAGGUGGUCCAGAUCUUGGCCAGCAACCAGCAAAACAUGUUUCUGGUGUUCAGAGCAUCCACCGAGCAGGGCCCCGCCGCCGAGGGCUGGAUCCCCGGAUUUGUGCUGGGACACACGUCGACCAUUGUCCCCGACUGUCCCGAGGGAUCCAUCAACAGGAAGUCUUCAUCCUGGCACACGUCCCUGCGUAUUCGCAAGAAGUCUGAGAAAAAGGAGAAGGAGGCAAAGAAGGAGACAAAGCUGGAAAAUGGUUACAGGAAGUCCAGAGAUGGCCUUGCCAAUAAAGUUUCUGUAAAGCUUCUAAACCCAAACUACAUCUAUGAUGUUCCCCCAGAGUUCCUUGUACCUCUGAGUGAUGUGACAUGUGACAACGGAGAGAGCGUCACCCUAAGGUGUAAGGUUUGUGGGCGACCCCGGGCUACAGUCAGCUGGAAAGGGCCCAACCAGAGCAACCUCACUAACAACGGACACUUCAGCAUCGCCUACAAUGAUACGGGUGAAGCGACUCUGCGGAUAAUCGGCGUAGCCUCUGAGGACGAUGGCGUUUACACGUGUGUUGCCACCAACGAGCUGGGCAGUGUGACAUCAUCAGCUAGCCUCAGAGUGUUGGCCGUGUCCACUGACGGGGUCCGAGUGAGCUGGAAGGAUAACUUUGAGUCUCACUACACUGAGGUGGUUGAACUGGGAAGGGGUCGUUUCUCUGUCGUCAAGCGCUGCGACCACCGGGGCACCAAACGCCCGGUGGCUGUGAAACACGUCAACAAGAAGCUGAUGAGGAGAGACAGAGUGACCCAGGAGCUCAAUCUGCUCCAGAGACUCCAGCACCCGCACAUAGUCACCCUGACUGAUACCUACGAAACUCCCAGCAGCUACGCGUUAGUCCUGGAGAUGGCCGACCAAGGCCGUCUGCUGGACUACAUCGUGAGCUGGGGGAAUCUGACUGAGGAGAAGGUGGCCUGCUACUUGAGGAACGUUUUAGAAGCUUUACACUACUUACACAACUGCAGAAUAGCACACUUGGACAUAAAACCUGAGAACCUGCUGGUGUCCCACACCGCCAGCGGCCAGCCAAUAGUCAAGCUCACAGACUUCGGUGAUGCCGUGCAGCUCAACAGUGCCCACUAUGUUCACCCUCUGCUGGGCAGCCCUGAGUUCGCCUCCCCAGAGCUGGUCCUCGGAGAGCCCGUGUCGCUGACCUCUGACCUGUGGAGUCUGGGCGUGGUCACCUACGUGCUGCUGAGCGGCGCCUCCCCCUUUCUUGACGAGAGCGCAGAGGAGACCUGCCUGAACAUCUGCAGGCUGGACUUCAGCUUCCCCAGGGAUUACUUCCAGGGCGUCAGCCAGGCGGCCCGGGACUUCGUCUGCCUGCUUCUGAAGACCGACCCGGGCAGAAGGCCCCACGCCGGCCUCUGCCUCCAGGAGCCGUGGCUGCAGGCUGGCCAAGGCGACGGCCGGGCAGAGGGCUGCUUGGACACCUCCCGCCUCAUUUCUUUCAUUGACAGGAGAAAACAUCAGACCGAUGCCCGGCCCAUCGGAGGGGUCAGGAGCUUCAUUCACGGUCGCCUUCAGCCUCGGGUUUGAGCAGCUCUCAGCCUCAGCGCUCCGACCACAGCAGGAGACGCUGCUCAGUUUGGGGUCCAGCACUGAGGUUGAAGAGACUCUUUAUGGUCUCGAUGUAAAAAGAAGGAGAAAAAAAUGAAAGCUGAUCUCAUCCUCUUUCACAGAUUUUUCACUAAAUAAAAUCCUGUUAUCCUUUUAGGUUGUUUAUUUGAGACCUGCUGAGGUCUUCAGCCAAUCAGAGCCCAAGAGAACGGAAUUCUCACCAAUCAUAAAUGAAUGGAUGCCCUCGUCUACUGCUGCUUGCUGGUUUCGUCUUUUUGUAGUUAAGUGAACAAAAACAGUUUUAAAAAAACUAUUAUGAAGUAAGUUAUUUUCCUCUGCGCGAGUUGAAGCUGAUCAGAAGAGCCAAUCGAUCGAGCCUCAACGCCACCACACGGGCGCAGCUCCUUCAGGAGAAACAGAUGCCAACGGAGCUCGCCACAGAGAGCAAAUCGCCCUCCAGGAACAGACGGUGUGUUUUUGUCUUUUACCCUUAAACAGUAACUGGGAUACUUUUGAGAAGCAACCCUUUCUUAUAGAAACAGUGUAUAGAAAGGCACAGUAGUGUCUCUGAUUCCAAGGAGGAAAAAAACAAACACAUCGUUGUAGAAAACGCUCAUAAGUUGAAGAUUCGUGUGCUACUCUGGACACUGCAGACAGGCGGAAACCGCGACAGAGCUCAUCAGCUGAGACAUUUAUACAUCAGAGCUUCUCGAUGGCUGCGCUUACAUUAACGUACCCUAAUCUAAUCUGAGAACACCAUGAUGACCGUGUCGUGAGUAACAAAUGCUGCACUGUCCAACCCGAGAAGAAACAAUAGACGUUCGUCUUUUUUUUUCUUUUUUCUUUUGUCUUUUCCUUUGUUGCGCAGAUAUGACAUGUUUAAGCCUUACCUUGUAUAGAGACUUCGGCCUUCUUCCCCCUCACGUUCGCAGUGGACUCGAGACUGUUGGAGCCCUCGGUGGCAGCGCUGAAUGUGGAGGCGGCGGAAGAUGAAUUUACUGUAAAUGCACUCAUUGUAUGUUAUGUUUGAUUAUCAUGUGCAAUGUUGCGGCUUUAACAUUUUAUGCAACUAUUUAUGAAAACAUCUGUUGUAUCUGUAAUAAAUCUAGAGAAAAGCAUGUACUUGGUACUGCAAGCACUGCUGGUAGUUUGUGUUCAUUCGAUCGCCGAGUGUUAACGACCGCUCCGGGGCCAGGCCGCGUCAGAGGUCACGACCUACAAUCAUCACGUUUUGAUCAAAACUAAUUUAACACUUUUUUUUGUACUGUAUGCCUCUGUAGUAUUGGUACACCAAAGUUGCUCUAGCUUUAUAGUACUUAAUAAAGAAAUGGUUUUAUUGUGA